AUGACCACUACAUUUGCUUCAAAAAUGAUAGAUGGAUCUGAUAAUUUAAGUUUAAUGAAUGAGAAUAUAAUAAAUUAUAGCUAUGAAUCAGAAAUGAAAUUACAAUUACAAAACCAAAUUUGGUAUCAUGGUUUAAUUAAACGUAUUGAGGCAGAAUUAUUAUUAAAAAAUGAUGGAGAUUUCCUGGUACGUGAUAGUAUAUCUAUAGAUGGUAAAUAUGUCUUAACAGCACAAUGGUUAUUAAAACCAUUACAUUUUCAAAUAAAUCAAGAAAUUAUUAAUAAUAUGAUAUAUUAUAAAUUUGAAGAUGAACAAUUUCCAUCAAUUGUAGAUUUAAUUAACUUUUUUCGUACACAUAAAAGAAAAGUUACUUUAUUAAGUGGUUGCAUUAUUUCAAACCCUAUUACCUGUCAAUUGAUUAAAAAUAAAUUAUCUAAUAAAAAUCACCAUAUUUCUGAAAUAGAAGCUAAUUACGCAAGAUUAUUUAAUUCCUCUACAUCACCAAGGUUACCAAAAAUAAAUCGCAACCUGUCACAAGAAACAAUAUUGUGUAAUGCAAAGAAAUAUCUUAAUAAAUCAGAAAGUAAUUUAAAAUCAUUAUUUGAUACUAAAGAAAAAAUUGAUAAUAAUUUUAAAUCUACAUCAAAUAUUAAAUUAAAUACAUUAUUUUCUAUCCAACCACAAGAUACAAAAUUAUUAUCAUUGUCAUUUAUAAAAGAAAAAGAAGGUGAACAAGAUUAUUGUGAUAUAGAUUACGAUACUAUGGAAAAUUUUCCAUUACCAGUACAUAUUAAACGUCUCUCUAUAAAUAAUGAUGAAAAAAAUAUGUUGUCUAACUUGAAUAAGAAUUAUAGUAAUUCUGUUCAUGAUUUACAAACUAAUUUAGGUGGGAAUAAAAAUGACCACAUUCAUAAUGAUAUUGGAAAGACAAAAUCAUUUAGUAAUUUAAGAUUAAUUGUAAAUCCUACCAAUAAAAGGCCUGUUUCAUUAUCAUCUACAUCUACAUCAUCAUCAACUAAUACUACUAUUUCAAACGGUUCAUAUAAUUUAAAUAUUUCUAAUAAACAUCCUAAAUUUAUUACUCAACCAAGAUCUAUUUCUAGAAUAUCAAUGGGAAAAACAGCUGCAUCAAUUAUUGCUGAUAAAAAAAGAGAAUUACUUCCAUCUCUACCACAAAGACCAUCAGAAGAUACAUUUAAUGAAGAAAAAGUUAACAAUGAAAGUAUUAGUGAAUUAAUUAAACUUGAAAAAGAACUUAAACAAUCUAUAAUGUCAUUAAAUAAUUUAGUUAUGAUCAAUAAUGAUAGAGAUUCAGCAUGUGUACUUGAUACAUCAAAUGAAGGUGACUAUGAUUGUUUACCAAUUACUAAUAAAUGUGGAAGUUUAUCACCUGAUUCUGUUAUAAAUAAUGAGACAGAUGACUCAGAAUCAGAAAGUUCUCUUCAAACAUCUUUAUCACCAAUGAAUAUAUUUUGUGAUCGUUUAAUAUCAAUGAAUGUCAAUACAAUAUGUAGAAUGAUUACUGAAGAAGAUAUUAAAUUAUUAAAUUUACAUUUAGAAGAUAAAAAUGAAAUUAUAAAUUUGUUACUUCCAUAUGGAUCUAUUAUAAGACAAGAGUGUGAUGAAAAAAGUUCAAUACUUUCUGAAAUAGUUAUAAAUACAUUAUAUAAUUCUAGUAAUACAAAAGUAGUAUUAGAAAUUUGGACACGUGUAGCAUCAUCAUUAUUACAUGAUUAUGGUAAUUUAUUUUCAUUUGCCAGUAUCAUGAUUUCUCUAAAACAAUUUUAUGAUGAACAUCAUUAUACAAUUGACUCUGAUGAUUCAUCAUUAAAAUUAAUAAAAAGUUUGUUAACUCCAUUAUUUGAAGAUCUUAAAAAUAGAGGUGAAAUUAACUAUAAAAAUAAUACUGGAACAACAAUGAUUCCAUACAUUCAACCAUUCAUCAAAAUAUACAAUAAUGAUUCAUUUAAAAAUUAUGAAUCAUCUUUGAUUGUCUCCAAUGAAAAUAUUACACCAAUAGAUAAACAAUUAGAUUACAUGUGGACAUGGUUAUCAAUUGGAAGAAAAUGGUGUCAAAACGCCAAUUUAUUUGUCAACAAAGCAAAACUUUUUUACAAACCUGAAAAUGAAAUUAAACAUAAUAUUUUUGAAAUUUCACAAUUAAGAAUGUUAUUAAAUAAUAUAAAACAAGAUAAAAAAAAUGAGAGAUGUUAUACGGAUAAAAUGUAUAUAGAUAAUAAUAAUUAA